AUGGUAAUGAAAGAGAUUCUCAGCUACCUGUGCCUGCUUCUACUGAACCAAAUCACGAUCUACGGGGUGUCCUCUAAACACGUGCAUCUGAGGAUCCUCGUGCCGGAUGUGACCAAUCAUCACGUGCACACGAGGACCGUUCUCCUUCACUUGCGCGUGCCGGCGCCAAAGAAGCCGAAAAUUUACAAGACUCGCGACUAUCACCACGCGAACUGGAGUUCCUGGAAGUACGGACGCCAUCGUGAUUACGAGCACGAACACGAGCACGAGAACGAUCCUGACCUCGACCACGAAAACCAUCACAGCGAUCACGAACAGAAACUGAGAGAAAAUCACGAACGUCACAGGCAAAAGUAUUUGCCUGUGUAUGAUUAUUACAAGGACUCUUAUCGUCCGUCGUCGUAUAUCGACGACAACGACUUGGAGCAGAAGGAUCGUGGCAAGGAUACUUACGCAGUUCACGAAGACGUCAACGACGUGCCUCCGAAUACCGAGACUGUUGUUUAUGAUUACGAAGAGGGGUACAAGAAGGGUUUGGAGACGGAAACUGGGCACGUUCGUUCGGACCGGAUGCACAAGUUUCACGCGGAUCAGGAGGAGGAGCAGGGCGACACCGAGAACGAGGGGUUCAAAGAGGAGUUUGGAAUGAAAACGGACAGUGGGAGAUAUUUAGUGGACGACGUGGAGUAUGAGAAUACCAGGGACAAGCGCGAUCAUCGUCGGAGAUCUAGAAAGAGGAUCAAUAAAACACCGAGGAUCAUUAAUCACAGGAGACAGAAAUAA